CGCUAAAUUAGUGAAUCAUGCAUGAGCCAUUCAUAGCUAAUUAGCAUUAAUUAAAAGAACAAUAGACUAAUUAAGAGCUCCUUCCCCCAUUUCCAUCUUGAAUUAGCAAUUUUUCCUCUUUGAUUGUCAGAAGAGCGGAAAUUUUCAGACGCUGCGAAUGGAUGAUUUCAAUUAAUCGUCUUGCUUUUGAUUGGUGAAAGAAGACCCAUGCUUGGUGGUGAUUGGGCAACUAAUUAAAGGAGUGCGUUGUGGAGCAUUGAGACGUGUAGUGAAGAGACUAAAUAUACACCAGGGUGGUGUUGAGAUAAGGUAUCACAUUCAGCACUGAGCUACAAUUCGUUCUUUGAAAGCAUCUCUAUAGCAUAUACCACACGUAGGUCUAACUCUUCAUAUAUAACCAUGAUGGCCACUCGCUCACCGAAAAAGUCUACCACUACAACAGCCACCAUCCACAACACUGUGUUAAACACGCCUAAGAUCAGGAUGAUACCAGAGAACAACGCCACCAAUGUCUUACAUCGGGCCAGUUUUUCAAUGUCUCCGGUGGAGCAGAAGAAGCUCAAACCAGCAACCCCUCCUGAACUCUUGGCAAUGAGGGCACAAGGUGACAGAAAAUGCGAAAGUUGGAUUACGGGUAAGGAAGAGGCGGGGUGUCAUUUUAGUCAGGAGAUAAUUAACGUGGAAAAAUGUAAAUUUGAAGCAGGUUCGAAACCAUUUCAUUUGGGUGGGAAGCGUUUUGCUGUAGUCAAGAAAUUCAGGGGAGUCCCAUACGUGAACAUUCGAGAAUACUACAACACGAAAGGUACUAACAGGAUGCUCCCGGGGCAGAAGGGUAUCAAUUUAACGGGAGAAAAUUGGUGGAAAUUGGUCGAGGCCAAAUUUGAAAUCAGCGAUGCUGUUAGAGAUUUGAGUAACGUGAAGAAAUAGUUUUACAACUUGAUGUUUUUGUUUGGGGUUUUGGUUUUUUGAUAAUACAACAUAAUAAACAAAAAGGAAGAAUAAAAAAGAAAUUAAAAAAAGUAGAUAGUUCAAAAAAUACCUGAUUGACGCUCCUCCCUUUUUCCGUGACCAGGAUACAAUCGCCGAAAAUGAAUCAAAAACUUUCAAGAUCCUUGCUCACUGCACAUGGACAGCUAUCUCCUUCACCACCACUCACACCAGAAGUCGCGAUUAUCGGAUAUUCUCCAUCGAGACCCCCAGUUGUCCGCCAACUGCGGAGGCAGAAUGCAGUCAUAGAAGGAGUGACUACCCCAAGGGGAACAAGCAGACCUCCAUCUCCAUCAUCCUCCUCGGGUCAGAUGGAAGUAGACGUACCUGAAAAGGUCCUAGAAGUCUCCAGAAACUUAGCAGAAAGCGAGGAGAUGGAGGUGGCUGCGGAGGAAGAGGAGGAGGAAGAGAAGGACGACAGACUAGACACAGAUGUCAGAUUGCAGGAGACGGUGACGAUGGAGGCGAAAGACGGCAUACAUUUUCCUGUAGCACCUGUCCUACACUGUAAUAGCCGUCAAGGCAGUUUCGGGUCUUAUAAACGAGGCGGUGCAUCAGUCGUGCACAGGAUGCAGACUCAACUAUCCUAGCCAGAAAGACCAUGAGGACUGUAUGUAGUUAGAGUGGCCAGACAAGACAGACAAGUAUUUCGAUGAGGCCAUCACUAAGCUCACCGAGGAACGAUACUUUUGCAUCGUUAAAUUGGUUUACAUCGUGAUCGUGAAUAAAAUGUUUGAGGAGGAGUUGGACGCUUGCGUGCAUGGAAGGAGCCACACAUUUGUUCACAACGAACUGAAAAAGAAGGACGUUUUGUCAAUCAUCAUGAGCAAACUAAAGGAGCUUUAACCGGAAAUUUUAAAAAGUGGAUUUCGUAUACCCUUUUGAAGUAAUGUAUCCACGUUGUUUGUUUUUUAAACAAAAAUUCUUUAUAAUGUAUGGGUUAAAUAAAAGUAGCAAUGACGUUUGCGAAUGAAAAAAAAAAUAGAACAUUA